AUGAGUGACACUAGAAAGCGAAGCAGCAUCUGGCUGCAGUUUAAAGAUAUUGGGAACAAGAAAGCAGAGUGCCUUCACUGCAAAACGAAGGUCACUAUAAGAGCAGGUUCCACCACAAACCUGCAUAGACAUACAAGAACUGUCCAUCCUACAGUGCAGUUAGAGGAGAGAGGGCAAGCCAGCUCACCAUCUACUGAUCCUGGUGUGUCUCAUACCAGAACAACAGCUGCUGUAACGUCUACUGCCAUCCCCAUGCGUGCAAGUAUAACCUCUCCUACUGCAACUCAAAGCAAAAUAAGUCAGUUUUUACCUAAACUGAUGACCCCAGCCAAACAGCACAGUAUUGAUGAUGAGUUGGCUAAAAUGGUAGCUUCUGAUUUUCAACCCUUUUCCAUUGUGGAGGACAAAGGAAUGAAAAACUUUGUCAAAGCCCUAAAUCCCACAUACACUCUACCCAGUAGAAAAACACUUUCCCAAACAAUGAUCCCAAAACUAUAUGACACAGAACGUGCAUUAUGGCAAGAAAGGGUGACAAAAGCUCCAUCAGUUUGCCUGACAACUGACUGCUGGACCUCCAGAACAACCUGCUCUUUCAUGUCUGUCACUUGCCACUUUAUUGAAGAUUACAAGAUGACAUCUUGCCUUCUGGACUGCUUCGAGUUCACCGACAGACACACUGCAGAAAACUUGGCAGUGGAGCUACUAAGAGUGGCAAAAGAGUGGCAAGUAGAGGACAAAGUGGUGUGCUGUGUGAGUGAUAAUGCUGCAAACAUCACCAAAGCCAUAAAAGUUUUGAAGUGGACCCAUCACCCAUGUCUGGCGCAUACACUAAACCUGGUGGUUAGAGAUGCUCUGAAGGUGAUCAAAACAACCGUGGAUAAGGUGAAGGCUGUUGUGGAGUUUUUCCACAAAAGCACAGUAGCAGCACAGAAGCUAAAGUCCACACAGCGCCAAAUGGGGAUUCCUGAACUGAGGCCCAAACAAGAGUGUGCCACCAGGUGGAACUCAACAUUUGAUAUGUUGAAACGAAUGCUUGAAAUAAAAGAUGCCAUCAUCUCCACCCUGGCCCUCAUCAACGCAUCUAUUGAGCCAUUAAGCCAAGAGGAAUGGGAGCUGGUGAAAGAGGUCUGCGCCGUCCUGCAACCAUUCCAGGAGGUGACUGUGGAGAUAAGUGCAGACAGGUACCUAGAACCAUUGAAGCAUUGUUUUCUCUACUACUAUUCAGUCACUAUUAUACAUUGCAAACACAACACAUACAGUAUAAUGCAUCACGUAUAAUAUGCCACAUACUUUUAAAAAACUAAAUUCUAAAAGUUGCUGUUUUCUCUCCUUCAGCUAUGUCACAGCCUCGAAAAUGCUCCUGCUUUGCAAAGGUCUGCAGCUGGUGACAGCCGAGAACCAAUGGACAGUAACUGUGCAGAAAGUGAAGGAAUUAGUUGCAGCUCUUUGUUCAGCCAUGGACCGCAAAUUUCUGCGGAUGGAGUACAACACUGUCCUUUCAGAAACUACCUUAUUGGAUCCAAGGUUUAAAAAACUUGCCUUCAGUGAUCGUAGAGCUGUUGAUGAAGCUCUUCAGAGGAUUAGUGCAGCAGCAGCAGCAAAAUGCACCCCCAGCAGCCAGCCAGCUCCACCAUUACAGGGCCAAGUGGAGGAGGAGCAGCAAACCUCUGCUGUUUGGAGGCUUUUUGAUGACAGAGCUACAGGAGAUGCUUCAAGGAGAAAUCCGACAGCUGAUGCUAUAAUGGAGGUGAGGAGCUACCUUGAGGAGCCCCUCAUCCAGAGAGCAGAAGACCCACUGAGCUGGUGGCAGGCCAAGGCCUCAGUCUUUCCACUCCUGGUGAAGGUGAUGGAGGGGAGACUAUGUAUUGUUGCCACAUCAGUUCCUUCUGAGAGAAUCUUCUCCAAAACAGGGCAGAUACUCACGGAGAGGCGAAAUCGUAUCAGGCCUAUCAGCCCAUCCAAGCUGAGGCAUCUGAUCUUCCUGAAUGCCAACCUGCCCUGAGGACUAAUGCUGUUUGCUGGAGUUUGGUUCUGGUUUUGAUUCUGUUCUGUGGAUUUGUUUGAAGUUUAUUGUUAAUUUGUGCAAUAAAAAAGUUUAAUUGAAAUAAACAAAUGUAAGAGUGGUUUUGUCACAGAAUAAAUGCACAGAAUUAGGCAUUAUAAGGUCUCUCAUAAAAACACUGAAAGCAAAAGGGUUUUCAACACAUAAACCAUGAUUUUUUUUCAAAGUUAAGGUAAAAUAU